AUGGACCUGUUCUCCGCCGCCUGCGAGAACUUCGGUCUGGUCAUCAACACACAGAAGACCGUGGUGAUACACCAACCGCCACCCCACUCAGUCACAGUCCCCAAAGCGCCGCCGCAAAUCAGCGUGAAUGGUACCCAACUGCAAGUGGUGGAGAACUUCCCGUACCUGGGCAGUACUCUCUCCCGCAACACCAAGAUCGACGACGAAGUCGCCAACAGGAUCUCGAAAGCCAGUCAAGCCUUCGGUAGCCUCCAAAGCGCAGUUUGGAAUCGCCACGGUCUUCAGCUGAGCACGAAGCUGAAGAUGUACAAGUCCGUCAUCCUACCGACACUACUGUAUGGAGCGGAGACUUGGACGGUGUACGCAAAACAGGCACGCCUUCUGAACUACUUCCACCUCAGUUGUCUUCGUCGCAUCCUGCGGCUGAACUGGCAGGAUCGCAUCCCCGACACGGAUGUGCUGGAACGGACGGGAAUCCCCAGCAUCUACGCCAUACUGAGGCAAAUUCAGCUGCGCUGGAGCGGCCACCUAGUGCGCAUGGACGACGAGCGACUACCCAAACGACUCUUCUACGGAGACGUCGCGACGGGUUCUCGCCGUCAAGGAGGCCAGAUUCGCCGUUACAAGGAUACCCUGAAGUCCUCCCUGAAACGCCUGCAAAUCAACCCCACCAACUGGGAGGAGCUCGCACUCGAUCGACCGACCCGGAUGAGGACAGUGAAGACAGGCGCUGCGAUCUACGAAGCCAACCGCAUCGCUGCCGCCAAAGCGAAAUGCGAAGCCCGCAAAUCACCACUUCGCCCAGUAAGCAACGCCUCCGAACAACCGCUUCCAACGUGUCCUCGAUGUCAACGGACAUUCCGGGCUCGAAUCGGACUUGUUGGACAUCUUCGGAUUAACUGCGCCUCUCGAACGGCAUUAACCACCGUCCCCCCGCCUGCCUCUUCCUCCUCCUCCUCUCCGCCGCCAACUAACUCUGGCAAUUCUUCUGACCCCCCACUUCCAUCCUCCUCCUCCUCGUCCUCGCCCUCGUCCUCCUUCUCCUCCUCCUCCUCUUCCUUCUCCUCCUCCUCAUCCUCCUCCUCCUUCUUCUCCUACUCCUCCUUCUCCUCCUCCCCCUCCUCAUCCUCCUCCACCACUGCCCCAACGGCGGCCGCUCAGGCGGCCGUCUGGCACAUCACCAACCGCGACACAACAACAGACACCACCCUUACCUCUCCCGACUCCAGCGAUGAGGAUCAGGACAACAGCUGCCCUCACUGCGACCGUACCUUCACCUCACACAUCGGCCUGGUCGGUCACUUGCGAAUCCAUCGCACAGAGACUGGCGAGCCAGUGCAUGGAGCACCAACCUACACACACCGCACUCGUCUCCACUGCCCACACUGCCCUCGCACCUCCACGCAUCGCAUGGGUCUAUUCGGCCACAUGCUCAUUCACGAGAGCGGAAUUGACCACAAUUCUGACACACCCACCACAUCCAACACACCGACCAGGCCCAGCACCACCCUCGCUCCAUCGCCACACGCGCCCAUCACCACCACCACCACCGCUUCCUCUGUAGCUAACACCUACAACGUCGACCUCUCAUGCCCACACUGUCCACGCACAUUCACCUCACGCAUCGGCCUGGUCGGUCACUUGCGAAUCCAUCGCACAGAGACUGGCGAACCAGUGCCUGGAGCACCAACCUACACCCACCAAGCUCGUCUCAACUGUCCACACUGCCCUCGCACUUCCAGGCAUCGCAUGGGCCUAUUCGGACACAUGCGCAUCCACGUCGACAUGCGGUAG